AGAGCAUGCCGGGUAAUGUCGUUCAUUUGGCGGUUUGCGCUGCACAGCGAGUAGACGCGCGGACUACAUUUCCCAGAAGCGCCCCCGCGCCAGCGGUGUAUGUCGGCGUGAGAAUGAAUCAGUGGCGUUGUUGAUAACGCCAUAUUGAGGAGAGCACAGAGUCAGACGGUCCCAGCAGCGGUAGAGCUGAGUAACGCAGCACGGUGUAUCAGUGAGUGGCCGCGCCAUCCCUCGCCAUCCUCUCCGGCACUGUGCGUCAGCGGCCCAGCUGCAGCUGAUAACGCUGUGGCGUGUCCCCGGAGAGCAGGCAGCCGGAGGAUUGUCACGGGAAGGUGACGGGAGACUGAAGAGGCAGCGCCUAGAUAUAGGCCGGGGGUAAUCGGAGAAGAGCCGCAGUGGGGAGUCUCCCUGCCAUAUAUUUGCCCUUCGCUCUGGGUCUGUGCUCGCCCGUGCCCGGACAUGGCCUGUGGAGCCACCCUUAAAAGGACUAUCGACUUCGACCCUCUCCUGAGUCCGGCGGCCUCUCCAAAGAGAAGGCGAUGCGCCCCUCUCUCCCCCUCCGGACCCUCCCCACAGAAAUACCUCCGUAUGGAGCCUUCACCCUUCGGGGAGGUGUCCUCCCGGCUAACCGCAGAACAAAUCCUUCACAACAUAAAACAAGAAUAUAAACGCAUGCAAAAGAGAAGGCAUUUAGAAAGCAGCUUUCAGCAGACAGAACCCUGCUCCGGUGAAGGCCAGCCACAUAAUUUUCUGCCUGCUGGGCCAUCUCUGUCUGGAACAUCAUCAACAUCUCCAUUGCGGAAGGAACAGCCACUGUUUACUCUGAGACAAGUUGGAAUGAUAUGUGAACGUCUUCUAAAAGAGCGAGAAGAUAAAGUUCGUGAAGAAUAUGAAGAAAUUUUGACCACAAAACUCGCAGAACAAUAUGAUGCUUUUGUGAAGUUCACGCAUGAUCAGAUCAUGCGACGAUAUGGAGAACAGCCUGCUAGCUAUGUCUCAUGAAUUGUUCCUUGCCUUCCUUUUGGCUGUUCUCCCCCUAUUGCUGCAAGAUGUCCUAGUUAAAAUUGUGGCAAUGCCAUAUUCCCCUUCCUUGUGAACACAGCUUAUUUCAAGCCUUUGUCAGUGGUAACCACUCUUAUGCAGCAACUGAUUUUGGAGUGCUCCCUGGUGUCAGUGCCACCUGGACGUGGAUCUAUGCUACCUGUAUUACUAUACCAGUGGCCUCAUUUGCUGUAUCAUUGAAAUCUGGCUGCUUUUGUUAAUGUUUUAAAAUGGAUUAAAGCUGGUGUUUAAGAACAUGCCCUGUACUAGUUGUGUUAUAAAAAUCCAGUUGGUCAUCUUUUUGACAGAUUUCCAAUGAUUUAACAAUGCACUACGAAACAGUACUCACCGUCAGUAUGGUGAAAACUCCAUGGGACAAUUUUCAAGUGACAUUCAACAGAUCUGAGGGAAAAAUAGGGCAUGUGUAUUUUAAAGGACUUUUGUGGGGAAGGUAAAAAUGGAUUUAUGAUUACUUGUUUUGUAGUUUUUAUUUAUUCUAUCAGUCUAACAAAUGUUUAAUGCAAUUUUUUUUUCCCGUCUAUCAUUGUUUAACUGCCUUGUAGUACUGGAAUUUAGUUGGAAAAUAAAAAUGUUCAAAACUUCA